CAGUAGCCAACAGUGACUUGGACUAGUCUUAUAAAAAGCACUUCUACCUCCACUCCACCCAAAAUCACUUAUCUCAAUACCCUUUUCUUCUCUCCCUCUCUUCUUCUAUUCCCUCCAUUUUCCUUUCUCUUCUUUUCUUUCAAAAAAGUUCAAUUCUUCAUAAUUAACAUGGACAAUCAACCUAACUCUCUUCUUAAUUGGGCUUACUUCUGCCAAGGAAAGUCAAUGGAGGAUUUGAGACAAUCACUUCUAUACACAACUUUGGAGCUUGAACAAACAAGAACUCUAGCACAAGAAGAACUCAACAAAAAAGAUGAACAACUAAUGAAUCUUAAAGAUCUAAUUAACAACAUAAUUAGAGAAAGAGAUGAAGCACAAGAAAAAUGUCAAAGACUUCUCUUAGAGAAACUAGUUUUCCAUCAACAACAAAAUGCGCCGCUUUCCGGAGUUUCAAGCAUUGAAGAUGAACCAAGAAAAAGAACAACAAUUGACUCAUCAAACAAUGGUUUUUCUUUGUCUUCAUCAGAUUGUGAAGAAAGCAUUGUUUCUUCACCAAUUAUUGAUCAAUCUAUGAUUGAAGUUUUAACACCAAAUAAGCCAUUACCUGAAAAAGGUAAACUUUUGCAGGCAGUGAUGAAAGCUGGUCCUCUUCUUCAAACCCUUUUGCUUGCUGGACCACUUCCUCAAUGGAAACACCCUCCACCACCUCUUGAGUCUUUUCAGAUUCCACCUGUUACUAUACCACAGAUUCUUCAUCAAGAUUCAAUUUUUAGCAGCAAUAUUGAUACUACUAAUAGUGAUUCUCAUUGUGGAAGAGUAAGUAGAAAAAGGGUAUUUUUUGAUGACUCUGAUUCUCCUAAUAAUCAGAAUAAGUACCAAAGGGUUGUACUUCACUGAUUUUUCUACUCAUGGUCUGAUUUUACCAUCUAGUUUUUAGUUUAGUAGUUCGGUCAUUUCAGUAUAUGUUUGGAUUUACUGUCAUUUGAUAAAAUUACUGUGAGUUACCGUGAUUUUGACUAAAGUUAUGGUUUGAAACUUCAACAAAAUACAGGGUUAUUGUGAUUUUAUCAAAUUCACUGUGAAUCUAGACAUCCGGAAGAUCAUAGGAUUUUUAAGGUUAGUGACUGAUCUAGUAUAUGUAUAGUGGUUUGUUUGUUUGUUUGUUUGUUUUUUUUAUUAGUAAGAAGUGAACUCGGUAACUCUGAGUUUACAAUAGUCAUAGAUAUUAUUGCGCACCAACCAGUUGCGCUAGAAUGUUGUGGUAGUGGUUUGUUUGUUUUAGGACACAAAGUUAUUUGGAUUUGACUCAUUGAGAGAAGGAGAUGUAGAAGAAAAAACAAACAUGGCUUGAUUUAGGUAUUUUUAGGAGGAAAUAUUUGAGGUGAAGAAUUUGUCCAAUCUUCACAAUCUACUUUUGCUUUUUGAUGCAAAAGAGGUUUUGAUUUUGUCUAAAAUUAUUGUGUAACAACAAAGAUACUGUAGUGCAGCAACCAUGUGAUUUAGGUUUGUUUGUGUGUGUUAUGUUUGUGAUUGAGUGAGUGAAAUUGAUGUAUAGGAUCACAUCAUGAAGAAUUAAGAGAAAAUUGGGUGUGGAGUGGUUGAAUUGGGAGGUGAGUGUGACCAACAACCUAAAGUUAAGGUCUUUGAGCUUUGUUUGUUGGUAUGGGGUGGACCCAAAAUAUUAGAAUCAGUAUCUAUUACUGGUGUAAUGUAUGAUUAUGUUAUGCUUUUGUUAGAUAAGUUAUGAUUAUUAAGAUCUAAUCUUUUGUUUUUUACAUUAACAAGAAUUAAUCUCUCUUUCCUUUAUGUUCUAA